CAGAAGAAGAAAUCAAAACAACUCUAAAUAACAAGAAGGAACAGAACCUUUCUAAAAUUUAAUAAAAAUUAUUAGUGAAAACAUAAAUAUGAUUUGUCGUUUAUGCCUUAAAGACAGUGCUUCAAUUGCAUCUGUCGUUAAAUUAUUUCACAACUCUGAUCUCAACAUCAUCGAAGGCCUGGAAGUUGCAAGACUCAUUGAAAAGUAUCUGGAAAUAGAGGUUACACAUGACGAUGUCAUUUCAACCAUGAUCUGCACUGAGUGUCAUGGGCAUUUGAAAGAAUUCCAUAAGUUUCGGAGAAAUGUUGAAGAAAGGCAAUGUACACUACGCUCUGACUUUCUGCAAAUUCAAGUCAAAGAAGAGACAACUAAUUUGAUUGCUAGCAAUAAUGGUAACGAUUGCGACAGGAUUAUACCCGAUACUUUGGGAAUGGAGGAAGAUGCUCCUGAUUAUCAAAUGGAUAUAGCAAAAAGUGAACUAGAUGAGGAAAAGGCAGAGAACGAUCAACCGAUUUUUUUACAAACCAGCGAUAUGAAUACUAAUAGUGCGGUAGAUAAAGGCAUUUUUCCAAAUCAUAAUGACUUAACGGGAGCUAUGACGACCAUGUUAAAGUGCAUCCAAAAGCAUAUCGAAGGUCAGACGCAAGUACUUCGCAGAGAAAUUCAUAGUCAACAUCAGUUUGUUGUUAAUGAAUUAUUUGAAAUUAAAAUGUGUCUAACUGAACUAAUGGAUAAAAAUGAAGAAAAAAAGAAAAUUGUAAAACUCUUCCCCAUCGAAACACUAGAGAGCAUGGCCGAACUGGAGCAUACAUUGAGGACUAAAGAUAGUAACGAGUUAUUAGAAACCGUUAAGAAAAUCAUCAAAAGAGGGGGAUUUCUCAAAAAUUUCCGCAAUUUGUUGGGCGAUAAUAUAAUCAAAGAUUUUAACUUCGAUGGCAGUCAAGGAAAGAAAUCAUUCAAAUCAUUUGAAAAUAUAAACGAUUUGUUCUUUGCUGCUGCAGAAUCGGAAUGUGAAACAUUCGAUGCAUACAAGGAGUCUGUUAAAAGAGCCUUUAAGUUGGGCAAAAACAAACUGUACAAGGCAAAAUGUAUAGAAAUUAAGCAAAGAGAAACAAAUAAUGCGGCCAAAGAAGAUUCGAAUGCAGAUUGUCCUUAAAAAAUACACUGCCUUUUAGCAAGUCUAUAUCUUAGUAAUAGUAAUAAUAAAGUAUUUUAAGUUUGUUGUUUUUUUGUUCGAACUAUUUUUAAUAUACUUUUUUUAUACAUUACUAUAAGUUUUACUGGGUUUUCACAAUGGACUAUAAUGUGGAAAUGUGUUUAGUUUUGGGAAUAAAACUAUGGCCUAACCUACAUUACCUGCCAGAAGUGUUGGUAUACCAAAUUACUAUAUUACUUAGAUUAUUUCAGUGUCCUUAAAAAACUAUUUAUUUAAAUUUAAUUUUUUUAUAUUCAAAUGUUUUUGUCCUUUGUAAAUAUUUCAUAAAAGAAAUAUACGAGAAAUGCACAAAUAUAAAGUGGAACAUUUUGAUCAUUUUACUAUCUUCUCAUGAAAUGUAUACGUUAAAUUCCAGUACUCUUCUUAAAUUAAUCAUAACUUGCUUAAACUCUCUUAAUAUGUAAGUCAAAAAGUGUAUCACUUUCCUCAUCAAGAUAAGACGGUGUUAUUUAAUUAUCUUAAAGCUCACCAAUGUAAAUAUUAAGCUUUCUCUGUAUAGGUAUUUAAAUGCAAUAUGUAAUAAAUGCAUUUUUAUGAACAAACUGUGAAUGUAUUUAAAAUUGUUUAAAAAAAUUCGCAAUCAAUCAAAAAAAAAUUAAAUAAAAUUGUGAAGCUGGAU